AUGAUCUACCAAAUGUGCUGCACUAAAUCUGCAGCACGAAGAACUCAUGGUAGUAUUGAGUCUAUAUGGCUUGGAAUAUAGACUACUUAGAGGUAACGUGGUAGUGUCGUGUAACAUUUCCAACACUUCAGGUCAUCCUCUACACCGUUUGCUUAGCCUGAGGUCUACAAAUCUUAUGGCAAGCACCCAAGAGUUGUAGAGGCUUAGCAUGCUCUCCCUGUAGUUGUUUGGGGUAGAUCGUAAUAGUCCUUACAACAUAAACUUGAUGCCCAAAGUCACAGAAUAAGCUUGCAGACUAAGUCGUUUAUAAUCUAGUCAUUUUUUUUCCCUUUUAUCUCUAUACCUAGGUUCUCAAACGUAAUAAUUAGUGUUUCACUGAUUCUAGAUGCGGAAGCUACUUAACAGAGUUCCUUCUAUCCCGUCAAUAAUUAUUUGAGACCAUUUAAAAAACAGUACCUGCUUCCUGCUGAAAAUUAUUCUGUGGUUUACUUUAAUGCAUGAAAUGCAUAGCGUCAUGACAUAAUGUAUUAAUAUUUCUUGAGGUUUUCCAGCAUAAUUAGUUACCCACAUCUAUGGUUACUCACCUGAAAUCAUUUUGUAGUAUUUAAUGAGAAACAUUUCACACUUGAGAUAUCGCGAUCGUUAUCUAAGGGACUGUAUGGGGAUGUAGCUCAAACUACUCCACUAACUACUUUUGAUGUUUUCGUACAGAAUUAGGUAUAAAUUACAACCUUCGUGUCUUAAGUGGUAAAAUGGGAGUUUUGAAGUUUUGCCUUUGUUAUUACUUUAAUAUAACAUGAUUCUAUGGAAUCAAAAUUAAUUAUAUGAAUUUCAGGCAAACAACUAAGGCGAUAUCUUUUGUGCGCUAAUUUAUACAGAUGUCUACAGAUAGCACAUGGAUACUUUUCUGUGAGUUGUUUUGGUUUUGCCUCCGGUGCUGUGGAAGUCCAUUCGACGAAUUUCGAUUCUUCGUCUUAAACUUCCAGCUUCACUUUCUUAGAUUCUCUCGAGCGUAUUUAGGUUAGGAGAAAAUUUUCGGCAGUUUAGACAGGUCAAAAUUAUAGAUGGAGACAAUUAUGUCAGCCAAUCCACCUGAAACAAUGGAUACUGGAGUGCGAAGUUUGAGGACCACUUACUGUUUCUGUUCAUCAUCUUAGCAUGGUCUAAGCCUUGCCUUAAUACCUCAAGUAUUGCGGGGGAAAUGCUGUAGUCGCUAAGUAACAGUUGUAAUGUGUAACUGGAAAACAGCUUUCUUUUUUCUCACAGAUACGCUGAACCGUCGCUGUUGCAGUAGAAUAACGACUAUGGUAAGUAAGUUUGAUAUUAGAAGGGAAACGCACUCAGCUACCUUGUGCACAUGCGUGCAGUAGGCAGUGCGCCACACCUAUUGUGUGAAGGAUAGUUAUACUACCUGGCUGCCCAAACCUUGGUAGGUGCGGCAGGACUGUUGCACGCAGCCCGAUGGUUGAUAGUCAUCUCUCUAAACCACUGAGCCGCAGGUCCGCUUGUUCGAUAUUGCAGACAUACCGUACUAAUCACUGGAUAAACAACAAAUAAGUAGUGGAAGUUGUGUGCUGCAUCAAACAGACAAGUUAAGCAUAAACUUCAUUGUCACUCUCGAAGUGCUGAUGAAUGUGUGACGUAUUCAAGGACAAGAAGCAUUUUAUCACUUAAAUUUAUGAAAGUGGGGGUAUACAUUCCGUAGGAAACUUGUCCUGUUAGUCCAACAGGUGUAGUUGUUAAUACGCUGGUAAGGGCCUAUGAUACUACUGUCCAGGUCUGGGUAAGAGAGGCAACCAUGAAACCUGUCACCGUAUACUCGAAGUUCGACUAUGUAAACCGACUAACUACCACGGGAGCUACUGCUUAUUGCUCAUUUGUUUCCAUCCACAUUUCGAAAAGCCUCAUUUUUUGAUUCUAUAGAACUUUUAUUCGUAUAACAGUUGGUCAUUUGCUUGAAGUAGAUUGGUUCUUUGGUGGUCAUUACCGACCUGCUAGAUAUAAAGAAUGAAGUUUACUGUGCUGCAGAAAGGAAAUGGAGAGACCAAGCAUCGAAACCUGUAAAUUAAUCAGUCUUUUGAAGUUAUAGGCCUUUUUAAAAUCAUCAUCGUAGGUGAAAUAAUCUCACAGAAAUGUAUGCAUAUAAUGAUAUUUAGUUCUAGGUAUUGUUUUGAGAUGUGCUGACUUAUGGAAUCAAAUAUUUCAUUGAAUCGUUUAUAAAUCUUGUUCUAAUGGGGGAAUAGGUCCUUCAAUAUCUACCAUUCUUGGAUGGCCUAGGAAAUCGAAUUAAAUACAAGGUUUCACAAACCAAUCGGUUACGUUUGGUUUUAAUGGGAUGUACACUCAUGUUUCGUUUCUGAAUUGUUAGAUUUCGAUCACAAGAGAUAUGCCAAAUUACUUACCACUAGGUUCAGUAGAUUCUAGUUUUUUUUGCCUUGUGGUAUGCGAAGAUAAAUGAUUGGAAAUCACCAUCAAAUUAACCUUGUCCUUGUUGACAGAAGCACUCAUUUUCACUUUAGUGUAUAGUGUGGUGUUAAUCAGUAUCUGGAAAGUUUGGUUCCACUCCAAUUCAAAGACCAAGAAUAUUCAAUACCGCUUUCAACUUACUAACACUAUUUUUUUAAAGGUUGUUUGGGACAAUCCUAACUCAGCUUUCACCCCAUCAAUUUUGUUAAAGUUAUUUACAAACCUGCCUGGUCCACAAAACAUUACAUGCUGCCUUUCAAAAUUGUUUGGUACAAAAUGUACGUGACUCCUGUUUAGUUUUAAAAUAUCCUAAAACGGGAUUAUAAAUAGAAGCAAUCGAAAACACUUAAGUUCAUGACUGUUCUUUCGCUCUAGAAUUUUCAUGCGCGAAAAGCUUAUUGAUCCUAAUAUGUCUGCUACUGAGUCAAAGGAGGUUUCAGGCCUACCGUCAGCUUUGGAACUACUAUGUGCACCUAAGAAACUUGACCGUGAGAAAGGGGAAGAACACUUUAAAAACAUGUCUUUGACCCUUGAUGAGGUGAAGUUCGUAUCAUCCUGGAUUGAAGAAAAGUUGGAUGGUCUUUCUAACUGGGAAGAUGUUUAUGGCGGGAUCGUUGCAGCUGUUAUCUUACUUCGUAAUAUUGAUUAUAAAUUACUUGUGGAUAUUGGCCUUGUGAAUAAGCUAGAAAAUCAGGUGAUAGAAUGUCACGAAAACUAUGAGUUUCGUGUUCGAAUAGCUGCCGGCCAACUUAUGGGUUCGCUUGUGCAACACGCCGGGUUACCACUAUUUCUUCGCUUCUUGCCUGCCGUUAUUCAGGGUGUCACCACUAAUUUGGAGAGAAAUAUUGAACCCACCGUCUCUGAAGCUGAAUUUUCCCUUCGAGAACUUGAUUUGGCAAAGGAACGUGAUGUAAAUCUGAGCAGGAGUUCCUUAUCCAUUUUCCAUGACACAGCUGGUUGGAAAAACUUGGAAACUUGGAUGAAGUGUUUACAGGAAAUGGUGGGCACCAUCUCCUCAGAAGAUUUCGUUAAAGUGGAUAGAGUCGAAAUUCUAGAACUGAUUUUCAAGGCUGUUCAGCAUGUGAAUCGCUUUGUUCGUGAAACAGGCUAUGAUGUGUUAUCUACACUGAUUUCACAUCACCUAUGUUAUGCACAACCCGAAACAAAAGAAUGUAACUAUAUCAACGUUGCGUCCCAAUUGGUCCAGGGAUUGUCAGAUAACUGGAGUCAAGUUCGCAUGGCUGCUUCGAGGGCAACUCGAACGUUUUUUGAGGUUAGUCCUCCUCCUGGAUAUUCAGUAAAUGAUGCCUAUCCUAUUCUCCUACCGCCUAUGUGUUUGAACAGAUACUACGUUGCUGAAGGUGUCAGGAUCUACAGUCAAGAAACCUGGUGUCGUGUAACUCAGGGAGAAGGUCGAAAGCUACUUGGUCUAUUUUUGGGACCAGCUGUUGAUUAUUACAUCCAACAGAGUGAGGCUGACAAUCAUGCAGUACGUGAAGCUGCUUGCGCUUCUAUGGCUGAAAUCGUUAGCAAAUUGGAUUCACAUCUACUUCUUCCAUUUAUUGACAAACUUUUGGGUUCGUUAUUAGUGUGCUUUGGAGAUGAAAGUUGGCCUGUAAGAGAUGCUGCUUGCGUCGCAUUAGGUUCGUUAAUUUCCAUGUUUCCCAAUGAAACUCGUGCAAGUGGACAUGAUGAUUUGAUGUCUAAGCAUUUUCUGCGCAACCUUUGCGAUAGUAUCCCUUCUGUACGAGAGGGUGCUGCUAGAUCUAUUGCUCAAAUUUUAAAGUCGGUUAGUGAUCCAAAUCUAAUAAAUCUGUACAUAAACCAUAUUCUGGAAAAAAUCGAUGGAUUAAGCAAACAACCUAAAGAUUCUCAUGGUGCAGAGUCUCGUCGCGUGUGUGGUAAAGGUCCUGGAGCUUCUCAGGUUACUGUACUCAGUGGAGAUGCUGCUCAUGACAGUCGUCAUACUAACCAAGUUAUGUAUUCUUGUGGAUCACUGGCACCCAAAAUGCAGAAAGGUCGAAAGGGUGGUGGUUGUCAUGACGGUUUGAAUCAGCGUGCCAGUGAACCUUGGGAAGAAGCCGACGGGGCGAUACGUCUAAUUGGUCAAAUAGCUGAAGUUUUGCCAGAUCUUGUCACUGAUGCUAUAAUUUCCUGUCUACUGAAAAGCGCUGAAUAUCGAAACUAUACUCAUUAUCCAUACUUUUUGGAAACAGCUUGUGAUGUUAUUGUUCAGUUGUGCAAGUAUCUGAGUAAGCCACAGUUCAAAAGACAUUUGGAUGCGUUUUUGGGAAUACUAGCAGCUGCAGUGGAUAGCAAAUUACCACUUGCUGUCAGUGCUGCAUCUGAAGCCCUGAGAGCUAUUGGAGAUCGUUAUGGCCCAAGUGUGCUACGUGGUCGAGUUGAAAGCCAUAUUGAAUCAUACGUUUCUGAGAAUCUACUUGAAUUAUUACCAUCCUCCAUAUGAUACCAUGCAUAACAAUACUUUGCUGAUCACUCUGGUUCUGAAAAUACAUAAUGUUAAUCAAUAAAAUAUGUGUUUAUAUGUUUU